GAGAGAGAGAGAGAGAGAGAGAGAGAGAGAAAGAGAAAGAGAGAGUGAGGGGGAGGGAGGGGGCAGUCACGGAGUGCGCACUCAUGGCUCAAACAGCCCUAAAACUGCUCCGCCCGCCUCAACAGUGCCACUGCUGUCACACAGUACAGGGGAAUAGGGCUCCAGCACCCGUCCACACCAGAUACUCUCAACAAUAGGAGACUGCUUCACCAGGAAAAAGGGGUUUUUUUCUAAAGAGCGCUGGAAUGCUUUUUCAAAUAACUUUCAAUCAAUUUGCUCAAAUAUGACUUUUUUUCCUUUCCUCUCCAGGGACAUAUCAAAGUAACCAAAAAUAACCAAAAAGGAUCUAAAGCAAUUUUUUUUUGUCUUGUUUUGACAUAUGGGACGCUAUGCUUUGAUGGUACAAACAUGCUCCUGUCACAGAAAUCAGAGGAAGUCUCACUUGCUGUUUUUGUUUUUUGAAUAUAUAAUGGUAAGGAAAAAACAGCAACUUUGAUGGUAAUACCAACUUAAUCAUUGACCAGUGCAGAUCUAGUGCAAGUAGAAAAUGUCAGCAUCUAGUUGAAUGUUGUCUCUUUGACUGGAGGGCAGAACUGAAGUUCAAAAGACAGAAAGGGUUUAGCUGAAAUCUGUUCAUUUAAAAUCUAUUUCGUCUGUAAGUAUCAUAGACCUGUAGAUGAGUAAUCGGUCAGUGAAGCCUACAAAUGUCCCCUUUCCCACCUUUGGUGUUUGUUUAACUUAGAUAAAAUUUUUGAGGACACUCUUAAACCAAAACUCAGCUCUCAUACUGCCCGUGCCGCAACUGAAAGCUCUUCCCCGGCAAAGAUGAAUGUUACAGCCAACAGCGCGCUUGAUAAUGUCAGCCGAACAGACUCUGACCUUGAUCCCAGGCUGACGGUGGUCAUCAUGGUGCUGAUCAUUACCCUGAUCGUGGUGGGCAACCUGCUGGUCAUCAUCUCUAUCGCACGAACCUCGCAGCUGCAGACCAUCACCAAUAUCUUCAUCAUGUCCCUGGCAUGCGCCGACCUCAUCAUGGGCGUCCUGGUGGUGCCCCUGGGGGCCACCAUCCUGGUGACGGGAGACUGGCUCCUGGGCAGCAGGGCUUGCGAGCUGUGGACCUCGGUGGACGUGCUGUGCGUGACGGCCAGCAUCGAGACGCUGUGCGUGAUCUCGGUGGACCGCUACAUCGCCAUCACCCGCCCGCUGCGGCACAAGGUGCUGCUGAACAAGCGGCGUGCCCGGAUGAUCGUCUGCAUGGUGUGGGCCGUGUCGGCGCUCCUCUCCUUCGUGCCUAUCAUGAACCAGAGUUGGCGGGCGGACGACGAGGUGGCCCAGAGCUGCUACAAGGACCCCACCUGCUGCGACUUCCUGGCCAACAAGCUCUUCACCAUCGCCUCCUCCGUGGUCUCCUUCUACAUCCCACUGGUCAUCAUGAUCUUCGUCUACGCCCGCGUCUUCAUCAUCGCCACCCGGCAGCUGCGGCUCAUCGACAAGAACCGGUUACGCUUCCAGAACGAGUGCACCCUGUCCCAUGCGCAGCCGCCUCACCACGGCAACAACAAUGUGCCGCACUCGGGCGGCUCAGCCGGGAGCAACAGCUCCUCCCGCCGAAAGAACUCCAAGCGCCGGCCGUCGAGGCUGACGGUGAUCAAGGAGCACAAGGCCCUCAAGACGCUGGGCUUCAUCAUGGGCGCUUUCACCAUCUGCUGGCUGCCCUUCUUCCUGGCUAACAUCAUCAAUGUCUUCGACCGGAGCAUGCCGGACAUACGCAUCUUCCGCCUGCUCAACUGGCUGGGCUACUUUAACUCGGGCCUCAACCCCAUCAUCUACUGCCGCAGCCCGGAGUUCCGCACCGCUUUCAAGAGCCUCCUGGGCUGCCCGUGGCUGCCCACGCCACACAUGAACACUCUGUACAAGGAGCUGCGGACUCUGUGCCGCUGCUUCAAGGCCCCGUCCGACGCAGCGGCGCCGGGCUCCUUCCAGAAGCAACCUUCAGCCGCUGUGUCGGCUGAGAGGGACGAGAGCCUGGCCAGCAGUCAGAGCAGCUACAGGAGCGAGGAGCCUUCCCCAGGACUCCCCCCUCACUCCAAUGGCAGCAUGCAGUUCAGCGACUUCUCCGAGCCUGAGACCGAAUUUUUCACCCUGCAGGAAAAAGACGGAUGAGAGGACACCAUACAGCUGGAAUCGCUAAAUACUGACAGAGACAGACGUCACCAAGGCUUGCUGUCUGGGCGGGCCGGCACGCCAUUGCCACAUUACAGACUGAUAAGGAAGUGGAAGGAGGGCUGGGAGUGGCCGGAGGAGACGGGACACCCGAAGGAAUGCUACUCACUGGCUGUCUCCAGAGGAUGGGGGGGGGGGGGGAGGAGUUGAUGUACAGUGGACGCACCCCAAAGAGUCGGGGAAGGAGAACUCUGCUGGGGAAAAAGGGAGAGACACCUCGUGCCCGUGUAGUCCGUGGCAGUACUGGGCACUGGGAAGCAAGUCCCGGUCCGCGCUGCGGGCCGCGGAGACCCGCCCUCAGCAGGAAGCCCAUACUCAGUCGCGCACAGCGCCGUCGGAUAAGGAGCUCCUUCGCAAUCGCUGAACUGCACUGGUGGAACCACACAGCGGCUUUCCCGCUGGCUCUGUCAGCCACUUCUUCAUUCACACUCAGCUCUACCUUGUACAACAGAAUAUACUCUUUCAGCACAAUCAUAUAGGACUUCAGUAGCACUUAGGAGCUGUAACAGCGAAACAAUGUGGACUUCUAAGCACAAUGUAUGUUGCUUCUGGUAUAAAAAGUGGCAUUUGAAAUACAUUUUUACUUUAUUUUACUUUUAAAUUAUUUUAUUUAUUUUCCUCCCUACUUUAUCUGUGAAUGUGCUAAUGUUUGACAGCAUGGUCAAUGCAGGAAUAUUGCUAUUGUACAUAUUAAGCUUUCUAAAGGUCCCACUUGACCUCUGUCCCAUUGUGUAUUAAACACAGCAGACACUUGCAUUGAAUCUAAUAUUUAUCAGGCUGACAAUUCCAGGUCCUGGAAGGACAGAGUCCAGGAGGCUCCCAAUCUGUAAUGGCAACAUGUAAGUGACUCUCAGAUGUAACUUUUGCCUUUUCUGUAUGGGUCCAGCUUUUAUCCUCAGUUCUGAGAGUGAGCUUUGUGCUCAGCCCAGGAAACCUGCUGGAUGACAGCCUUCCAGGACCUGGACCAAGACACCUUCUUCUCACAAAUCUGAAAAAUCAUGUUACUGGAAACACCUUGUUUGCAUCUGAAGAGUAUCAAAUAUUUACACUGUACUUUGUGGCCAAACACUUCAGGUGUCAGCUCAGCAUAUGACGCACAUCCUUGACUUUGCAUAAAAAGCUUACCUCAUUCCUGAUUCUGAUUGGUGGAAGCCAAAAUUUAGAGGAAAUUCUCUCCUUCAGUCCUAAAUACACACCAUUACAGCAUUACCAUGUUUCAAUGCAAAUUAAGCUGUCUUAGUCUAUUGUUCAUUAUGUAUUGACACAUAAGACAAACUCACAAAUAAUAGCUUCUAACAAUAGCCCAUUACUUGCAAAAAUGUUUCCAGUGAAAAGGGCCAAGGCAAAAAUGAGUGUCACAUUAUGGGUUGCUUGUCAAUGUCAUGAAUCUGAAGAACCUGAAGCAUGCAUGAUUGUCACUGAUAACACUUUGGAGCUAAACUGACAAGUCACUGAGUCACUGUCAUUUAAAAGAAAAUGCCUUUUAGUUCAAUCAGAGUACUGAAAUACAUAAGCUGUUAAGC